GUCCAGCGGUAUGUUCGCUACCAUUGCUGUUCCUCGCCUUCCUGAUCAGUCGCUCACAGCGGAUCAAUUUCAGGAGCGAUUUUAGACCUCCGUGGGUCGGAGACGCUUGCAGCGUUACUGUGGGGAAUAACUCAACAGUCUUUGAUUGUCACAUACCCCCCGGUUUUCCAAAAUGUCAGACGACACAACUGUGCCGAAUGAUAAACGAUCCCAGCUUAUUCAUAAGGCCAAGCUGGCGGAGCAAGCUGAGCGUUACGAGGACAUGGCACGAUUCAUGAAGGAGGUUGUGGAGAUGGGAGGUGAGCUGUCAAACGAGGAGAGGAACCUGCUGUCUGUUGCCUACAAGAACGUGGUCGGGGCGAGGCGGUCCGCAUGGAGGGUUUUGUCCUGUCCAAAUAAGUACAAGGGCACGACUGAAGAGGAUACGGGGAAGCAUCAGCAGCUGGUCCAAGACUAUACGAAGAUUGUGGUAGAUGAGCUGGAAGGUAUCUGCCAGGAAGUUCUGAAACUGCUGAAUGACCAUUUAAUACCGAAUUCCACAAAUUGUGAGAGCAAAGUCUUCUAUUAUAAGAUGGAGGGGGACUACCACAGAUACCUUGCUGAAGUCAGACAAGACGAACAGGUGCACAAAGAAAACUCGGAGCAAUCUUACAAAAAAGCGUGUGAAGCCUGCGAAUCUAUGACCUGCACACAUCCCAUCCGCUUGGGCUUGGCACUCAACUUCUCCGUCUUCUACUACGAGAUCCUCAGCUCCCCUGAAAAAGCCUGUGAAUUGGCUAAAAAGGCAUUUGACGAAGCCAUUGCAGAGCUUGACCAACUAAAUGAGGAGUCCUACAAAGACAGCACUCUUAUCAUGCAGCUCCUUAGAGACAACCUGACAUUAUGGACAUCAGAUACCGCUGCUGAGGAGGACGAUGGUGGAGAGGCAUGCAAGGCUGUCCAGGAUGAGAGCUAAGAGCACAAGCCCUCGAUGUUUGUGUCAUCUCCAAAAAAAACAAAAAGAAAAGAAAAGAGAAAAAAAAUAACUUUUUACACAUCCUUCAUUCCUUAUUGCUUCACUUAAAUAUUCUACAAUUAAAACCCAUUUCUGAAAAGAGUCAUGUAAGGAAAUGAUAAUAAUGAUUAAAAAAAAACAAAAAACUUUUUUUUCCAAAGUGUAGAUUUGAAUCGGUGAAAAGAGAAUCCCUCCAUUCCUUUGGUUUGUGUUUGUCCUGGCCUUCCCAUUUGUGCAGUCUCAGCUGUAGAAAAGUGAUUGAUAGCUUGACAUGGUAUUAGACUCCUAGCUCACUUUAGGGUCCCAUCAUCAAACAACCGGAAACCUACAUUCCAUCAAUUGAGGCAAUGUUUUCAAUGAGAAAUAUUAAGAUAUAAAAAGUAGUUCCCCACAUGACUUUUUAUAAGAGUGUCUGUCUCUACACAGUUACGUGGUACGGUUAUAGCAGCUGAAGUCCAACUUCAAACAGAUUAAAAUUUCACACUGCAGGGAAAGCUAGUGCACUUUACAUGCUGGCAACACAUACUAUAAUACAGCCAAGUAGUGCCAAUUGGUUAAAUGCUCACUUUCUGCCCUGAUUAUAUUGCCAGUCUUUUCACUGAAGCAUGCCUAUCGUUUGGUGUGGGGGUUAAUGGUGGAGGCUUUACUGACCAAAUACAGGGAUUUUUUUUUUUUUUUUUUAAUGGGAAGGCUCUGUCAUGCAUGUCUCUGGAGAUAUUACACUGGAAUGGGAACAAAUGCUGUAACACGCAAGUUCAUGUGUCAAGUUUAGUAAUUUUCAAUGCAGGUUUGUACACAUCCUUCAGGUGGGUGAUUUGUAGUCUGUCCAGUGAUUGUCAUUAGAGAUGCGGACCACUAUUGUUUUGCUAUUCAUUGAAUUGUAGUCCCCCAAAGCCUUGUGGAACUGUUUGAAUCCCUAUGUAUCAGCUAUGUUAACAUGAAUAAAACAUUUUAUAGACCACGUCUAA